CUUUGACCGACUGAGCUCAGAUGCAUCCGAGCAUGGUCUUCUUGGACUACUUCAACCGCGCGCCGUGGCACACGCGCCACGAAGGCCCGGCGCGCGACGGCCUCGGCCUGCACCACGCGCUCCUGCUCGGCACCGCCUUCCUCGUCGCCUACGUCGGCGUCCGCAUCGCGCAGUGGCUCUGGCGGCCGCACGCAUACGACUUUGACGACGAGCUACCCAAAUACUACAACGUUCAAGCACCAAGCGUCGACGCGAGCUCGUGGUCCGAGUUCCUCUGGCCGUUGCUGUGGGUCGACCGCGUCUAUUGGACCCGCGACGUGCGUCGCGCCAAGUACCGCCGCCGCCACAAGACGAGCAGCAUUGCACUCGAUACGAUCCCCGAGGAGACCGAGAAGACGACCUUUAACGAAUACACGGUGCUGCGCAUGCCCAGCGCGCUCAAGCUUUCUUAAACGCCGCGCGAUUGGAGCGCGAUCCGACCUAUUUAAUACGAACCACUGAUAAGUUAAGCGAAUACCUUUUGCGCAUGUUUC